GAAUCCUAUGGCAAAGUUGUAAGUCAUGUUUCAUCUUUAAAUGUGAUUAAUUUAAGAAUUUAACUUGGUCUCAUUGUCUCUGAUCUUAAAGCCAAAGGAAGCAAAAGAGGAAAUUGCAUCAGUUUGUAAACUGAUCUGAGAAUAUAAAGACCAGACUACUUAGAGAUGUCUAACAGAAACAUCUCUAUUGUGCAGACAUGUUCCACAGGCUUCUGAUGUUCAUGCAGAGCCUUCCACCAUGUCUGCUGUUACUAAAACCUGCCUGUAGGUGGCAGCAGAGCACUUGUUUACAUAUCCCCUUUGGCCCAGACCUCAUCUCAGCUAUUGAUUGGUCAGAACAUUCAGACCUAAAUCUAUCAGCUUAUUAUAAAGGCCUGCUGUGAUAUGUCAGAGGAGCGUGCUCUGAAAAGUUUUGCUAUCAAAUGUUUAUGAUGAACACCUUUUUAAUGCAUUUGACAAAGAAAAGGAAAGUCCUAAAUAUUUCAAGUCAAGUUAAAAUGCUGUCUGGUGGGUAGUUGCGCCGACACAAUAAAAAACAACAAAACCACAACUUCAAAUUGUACAAAAUUUUAUUUAUUUGGAUAAAAUCUUUCGUUUGGACCCACUGAAACGAAAACAAGCUGAUUAGCAUUCAGAGCACUGUUCCCCAGUCUCCUGACCUUCCUCGUUGUUACCUUGGUUACAUCAGCAAGUGUGAGGGGGGUGAUGUCCUAUUUUUUUUAUAUUAUGUUUCCAAGGAGUCAUUUAAAGUGGUCUUGAGCCACUUUAAGCUUCUCUUGACUUUGUCUGACAGUACGUGGGGCCCAAAACUUUUGCACAGUUCUAUUGCCAUAAAGGGUUUCUGAGUCAGAGGACUCCAGAGUGCUUUACACCAGUGAGUCAUUCAUCCUUUCACACACCGAUUGUAAUGAUGAGCUACAUCGAAGCCACAGCCGCCCUGGGGCACACUGACAGAGACGAGGCUGCCAACCGCCACCAGCAGGUUAGGAGGGGGAAGUGUCUUGCCCAAGGACGCAUUGGCAGAAUUCCCUGGAGGCAUGGGAUUGAUCCUGCAACCCUGUGAUUAUGGGACAGACCUUUAAUCAGAUGCAAUGCUGUAUCUGCGUUGAUCUAUUGGAUUUUCAUGUAUGACGUGUGCAUGCAUCAAGCAGAAGGCAGAGUGUUUCAUAUAAUGGAGCUUUUGGCUUGCCGUAGCGUAGACUGUCCUUUCUUGUUACCACAUUGCACACCGAACAUUGGUCAGGGCCUCCUGUGUGUAACCUUCCAAUCCACAUAGAUAAAGCAACAAUUUGUGGAAGUUGAGAAACUAUACACCCCCUAGUGGUUGGAUGCAGCCUCUCUGUUAAGAAACAAUUGAUUGUAACACAGAACAAAACAAUUUUAAUAUUUAUAUCUGCGGCGGGUGUUUACUUCCAUUUUAGUUUAUAAAGUUUUGUUUAUGUUGAAAUACAAAAACAAUAAAUUUUGUGCAAAGUUAAGAGAUAAAGUUCCCUCCCAAAAAAUCCAGUGGCGAUUGAAACUGACCAAAAUUCACAAUUAUAUUUCUGAUCAUCUGAUCUGAAACUGAAAAAUCAGAUUUCAACGAACUCCAGCAAUAACAGAACGUCUAUGCUAACGUUAUGAGCCAAAUAGAAAGACAAAGUAGAGAUAUGAUUUUAAGUGCUUUUAUUUUGAAACACAACGCAGAGGAAACGCUCGAUUUAUCUUUUUCUGGCUUUAUUUUGAAAGUGACCGAGGUUACCGUAAUACAUUGUGCACUCGCGCACCACAAAACGCGUUUCCUCGCUUUUAUCGAGGCUCGACCGCAGUGAGCGGACGCUGCUGGGGAGCCGCAGUAGUUCUCGCAUGGUGACACGGAGCUCGGUGAAGCGUGUCCGCCUCUGUGAGCCCAAAGCUGGAUUGCCAACACUCACAGGGCUCUCCAGCAGGGAGCAGCAGACGAUCAAGCUCAACCCCCAGUCCUCGAGCCGUUAGCGCUGUCAGGAUAACACCUUUAAAAACCAUGAAGGUUUCUCCUGACCUGAUUCCCUCACCAGAUUUGGACCCAAGCAGAGUGUGCAAAGGGAAAGGAGUGGUGACUCUACGAGCGACCCUCGUCCACAUCGAUGAUGAAGAGGAGCCCAACGUCAUCACGCCGGCAGGUGGCUGGACCAACCAGAUUAAUGGAGACGGCUGUAAAGCGGGACCGGCCGAGGGAGGCAGCAGCAACGCAUCACGCCUACCUCCUGAAAACAGCGCCCAGUGCCAGGCCGUUUCAUCCAACAGCAUAAAUCCAGUUCCUCCCACCGCCGACAGCCAGAACCGCAUCCCAUCAAAUCCUCGCUCGGUUUAUCUGGGCUCCAGCGCGGUGAACCCCGUCGCCGUCCUGACGCAACACGACCGAGACUCGAGCCCAGAGAGAGACCGAAGUCCCGAUCCCGGCAGCGACUCCGUCAGUCCGGUCUCUGAUAUGGACGGGAAGAGGCCGAGGCUGUCACUGAGCUCUCCUGUCCCCGCUCCCCUCAACAAGCCGAUUGUUCCUGUGCGGAACACUGAAAAGACCAAAGACUGGUACAAGACCAUGUUCAAACAGAUCCAUAAGAUACCUGAGCCCAUUGAGGAAAAUCUGUACCGCCCCACCUACAUGUUCGAUGACAUUGGCAUGAAAUCUAAAGAUAACAAUUCCAUCCACGUCAGUUAUCCAGAACAUGGAAAAGGAUUCCCGCACUCCAAAAGCGACACUCAGGUCGAUUCAAGAGGCAGAUCAAUGCCGGUGCCAACGAGGUCCUCGUCUCUCAAGGCCUCAGCCAAAAGCAGGAACGAGUGGGAGCCCCCGGAUAAAAAGGUAGACACCAGGAAGUAUCGCGCCGAGCCCAGGAGCAUCUUUGAGUAUGAGCCGGGGAAGUCGUCCGUGCUGAAGCUGGAGAGAACGACUCAGGAUGUAAGUCCAGAAGAUGUAGAUUUAGAGAAUGAGCCUUGGUAUAAAUUCUUUUCAGAGAUGGAGUUUGACAAAGCGAGUGCCCCCUCCUUCAGCCCCUUGGAAACAGCCUCCGACCUGCAAUAUUCUUCGAGCAAGCCUGGACACGGCGAGGUGGAAAAGGACAGAGGAUCGUCCACGAGUGAGCCUUUGGCUCCAGAAUGUGACCGACAUGUUUACAAGAGUGUCCUGGAGGGCGGUGACAUUCCCUUACAAGGUCUACGAGCUCUAAACAAGCGCCAUGGAAGCUCUUCCUCUUCCAAAGUGGAUUAUAAAGGUGGGAAUGGCUAUAUAAUUUCACCCUGCUCCUCUGUAAAUAGUCGAACGGUUCUUGCCAGUAAUGCAAUAGGUGACCAGUGUAAGAGUAAGAAGCCUUUAUCUGCUGCCAAAACCUGCAUACCCCAAAUCCUGCCCUCUAAGUUCAAGCCGGUGCUGUUGCCGCCUGGUGGCAACGGUCAGGAAGGCGAGACCACAGCUGUCAGACGCGGAAAGGCCCACAGCUGUGAGGAUCUCUACACAGGAGCAGCAGAGGACAGGGACAGCGGACAGCUAUCGGACGAUGUGUCCGUCUGUGGUGGCCAGAGUGCCGACGGCCUCAGGGAUGAUUCCCCUGCAAUCAGGAGGAGCGCCUCAGAGUUCUCCAGCCUGUACAAAACCAUGCAUCACAUCCAGCGUCCCAGCUCCGUGGGCUGCAGCCCCCAUGGCAGCGUCCGCAGCUUGGCCUCUCUGUUCGAGAAGGUAAAGGUGGAGGGGGAGAGGUCGGAGGCUGAUGACAGCGGGAACGUCGCGCGGAACAACGUAACGUCGCGGAUCAGUGAGUUUGAAAGGAUCAUUCAGCGGUCUAGCUCAGCCCCUAGCCGCUCUUCGUCUCUGCCUAGCCUGAGCUCCAGCUGCAGCCCCAACCGCAGCCCCGACCAUCCCUGCAUGGUGUCUACGCAGUCGGCUGAGUCCCUGUUGGUGGCCAGCACCACGCAGGCGGAUAUCUGCCCCCUGGUGGAGCCAGGUAGCAAAAACUCUAGCAAGGAAGCCCUGACGGCAGACGUUGUGGCCGUGGAGGAGGCGGCUUCCUCCUCAGACGACGGACAGAACAUCAGGACUGAGUUUCCCUGUAACACUGAGGUUGAAGUGGAACACAUCUUCAGUUCGGGCUCCCAGGAACGUUCCCAACAAUCAAAGACUCCCCCACCCCCACAACACAACCAUCUCCACCACCACCUCUUGCACCACUUGAACCUCAAACCCAGCAAAUGCAAAAGCUCCUGCCCCGCCUCCUACACCCGCUUCACCACCAUCCUCAGGCACGAGAGGCAGCAGGCCACCAUGCAGCAGGACAGGCAGCCGGUCUCAGAGAAGAAAGCCAUGCUGCCCGGGAACCUCUUCCUGACGGGCCCAGCUCCCUUCAGGCUACGGAAGAACCUGCAUUCCCACCAAACACAGAGGAUGCUGUUAGCCACCAGGGUGACCGGUACCAUGUCCCCAGAGCUCAGAGAGCUCAGACCCUCAAUCCCUCAGCGCCUGUCCUCCCUGGAGGUUCUUGAGAAGCUGAGCAAAGACACUGACCAGCUGAGUAACGGGCAGGGCUUGGACGCCAAUGGGAACCUACUGCAGCUGCUGGCAGCGCACCACAGAGACUCUUCCCCAGCUCACGGGGAAAACCAGGAUGAGGUGCUGAGGAGGCGUCAUGGAGACAAAGAGAAAAUCUUGGAGGAGCAGCGGCGGCUGAAGCGGGAACAGGAAGAGGCUGACACAGCAUCGAGGAGACACACGGGCAUUGUCCCGACGCACCACCAGUUCAUCACCAACGAGCGCUUCGGAGAUCUGCUGAACAUCACCGAUAACGCAGAGAAAAGGAAGUCGGGCGUUGAGAGAACUCCGGCCAUGGCUCGCUUCGACUUCAGAGCAGAGAGUCUGAAGGAAUUACCAUUUCAGAAGGGAGACAUCGUGUACAUCAUUCGACAAAUAGAUCAAAACUGGUAUGAAGGUGAACAUCAUGGCAGAGUGGGUAUUUUCCCACGGAGCUACGUUGAGCUUCUGCCCCCGACAGAGAAAGCCCAGCCUAAGAAAAGCGCCCCAGUUCAGGUGCUGGAAUACGGAGAAGCUGUCGCCCGCUUCAACUUCAAAGGAGACACGGUGGUGGAAAUGUCUUUCAGAAAGGGCGAGAGGAUCACGCUGAUUCGCAGAGUCGAUGAGAACUGGUAUGAAGGAAAAAUCCCAGGCACCAAUCGACAAGGCAUCUUCCCGGUUACCUACGUGGAAGUGCACAAACGGCCCCGUGUGAAGAACGGGGUGGACUUCCCUGACCCUCCGGUCAGCCUGUCGCCACAGCGCAGCACCACCAGCUCACCUCAGCUCUAUCAUAACCGUCUGACCACCUCCCCUCUGCCUCUCCCUCGCUCCCCCCGUCGCUCCGUCUCACCUGAGGUCCACGCCGUUUCCUCCGAGUGGAUCUCCCUGACUGUGGGAGGUGGGAGCCCUCCUGCUGCCCCCACCCCGCCUCUCCCACCACCGCCCACCGUGUCUUACCGUUGGGGAGAGUACCUGCCCCCUCCUUACUCUGCCAGCCCCGUGCCUCUCAUCACCGGCAGCCCAUACUGCAUCUCUCCCAUGGCCUCACCAUCUGCCUCCCCCCUGCCCCCGCCCCACCCUCCCAGACCAAACUCCACCACUCCUUUCCUCACGUUCACUCCGCCUCAGAGGGAGGACUUCCUGCACUCUACUUCGUCACCACAUCUGUCCCGCAGCGUGAGUCCUUGUAGCGGGCCGGUGCUGGAGGGCUGGCUCAGGGGGGAGAAGGAGCUGGCGGAGGGAGAAAGCUGUGAAGGGGACCGGGGCCACAACAGGCGAAUUAACCCUGCAGAGUUUGUGAAGAAUGAAGCGGACCAUCACCGACCCAGCUCGAGAAGCCCCGUGAUGCCUUAUGACAUCCAGGAUAACAACAAUGUCGACUCGUUUGUGGAGGCAGUGUGUAAUGAGAUCUUGAAUGUUGCUGAGACCUCGGUGAGGUACUGCAGCACCCUGUACCACCACCAUAAUGACUCACUCCACAGACUGUACCCCCACCCCAGUAAACAAUCUCUCAUCAUUUCCCAGCAACCCCAGUCCCACAGCAGCAGCCCAGAGCCGAGCCGUCUCAACUGUGGAAUUUUCCAGGCUUUGUACAGUUAUGUGCCUCAGAACGAUGAUGAGCUGGAGCUACAGGAAGGAGAUCUCGUCAGCGUCAUGGAGAAGUGUGACGACGGCUGGUUUGUCGGUACAUCAAAGCGGACAAAGCAGUUUGGGACUUUCCCUGGGAAUUACGUGAAGGAAGUGAAACUGUAAUCGUAUCUAAUCUGGCUGUAACACACUGUCAAGUUUGGGAAGUCGUUACUACUGUGCAAGGCUGUUGUUAGAAUAGUCAUUUAGCCCGGCGAGCAGCUUUGUGUUUGAGAAAAACUGUCCUAGCCAUGACCCCAGAAACCCAUCUCCACGUGUGGAGUAACUCUGAAAACACCGCCUAUCAGCUUGUGUUGUGAAGAUACUAGCUUCCGAUCUGUCCGUGUGAUUUUGUCGUACACGAGUGUUAGUGUAGCACCUCAGCCUGGAAGCAGGCAGCAGGGCAGCGCUGAAGUCAUACAGUGGAUUUUAUUCUUUAAAUUGGACUUUAAAGCGAUCAAUCUCAUUCAAUAAGACGUGAGAUUGGAGCUGUUGUCGCAUGCAUCCGUUCAGGACCAGAGUGCGAUUGAGACGCGACGACUGGAUGAGUCGGUCAAGCAGAAAACGAAACAUCUGGAAGAAUUCCUUUCCUAAUGACUCUAAAGUCAGUGGCUCCUUCUUUAGAAGAACAUUGAUGCAUCAACGACUCCCAAUGCUUUAGAUACUGCUCAGUAUUGCCUUGCUUUUUCUGUUUUUCUAUCCAAAAGUCAUCCUCAGUCCCUGAACAUGCACGUGUGCCAUUAGCUUCCCAUUUACUCCACGUUUACCUUAAAGAAACGGUUGUCAGAGGGAUGAACUCUGCGUGGAUCUCAUGAAGGUGAAGCAACGCAGUUGAUUUACAUUUUUAACACACGCACAUUCAAAAGGUAAAUUGUUCCUUUAAUUGGUACUUUUGAAGUGGUUUUGGGGGAUAUAUGAGAUUGCAACAGAAUUAAUUACAGACUGAUGAUUUGGCCAAAUAAAUCUUCUAGAUCGUUUCUAAUAAGGUCGUGUUUUUACGUGGAAAAAUAGUUUGGUUGGACUGUUCGGUAAAUUGCUAAAUAAUUAUUUUCAAUCUGAUAUUAACAUAAAAAGUCUGAUAUUACUGACAUAUCAAACUUUUUCUGUUUCCAUGUAAAAUGUGAAAAAAUAUUCGUUGACUCAAUAGCAAAGGUGUCUUGUCCAACUUCAGAAGAGGUUCAUGCUGUUUUAACAUUUGUUUUGGCAAGAUGAGUGAAAAAAGCCUUUAGGAUUUGACUUCUGGAUGCACCAAAAAUAUCAGCUGACAGCAGCCUUUCGGACAGCCGUUAAAUAUGGGGGACACGAGCGUUUGUUCAGACAGAGACCGUUCAGGAAGGGAUCUGAAACAUAAGUGUUUAGAAUGCUGGUAAAUAUUGUUGUACCCACAGGACAGGUACGUUAGCAUUUAGCUUCUUGUUAGGCGAUGUUGAGAAGAUCCCGACUAACAAACGACAUUUUUUAAAAUUUAGAAGCUGAUCAUAAAAGCUCAUUAAAGGUGUGGGUCACUCGUUUAAUCGUUACUUUUGAAUGCCUCGUAAGUCGUACUCUAGGGAUAAAAAAGCUCUGAUGCGCCUGUUUCAGGAAGUCAGCUGGAGGAGAAUGUAGCUUUAGACGGCAGGAUCUGGAAUCUUGUCUCCUGACAUGUGGACAUCUCGCCUCUGAUUGGCUAACAGCAACACAACUCUACCACCGACUCUGUUUGCUCUGCAAAGUUGAUGUUUUAUCUCCACAAAUAACACAAGCCUGGAGUAGUUCUGUGUGGUGGAGUUGCUAAUGCUAAUGGUUAGCUUUUGGUGUUUCCUGGACACUAAACCAACAACAGCCUUCCCCGUCCUGAGUCCAGAUGGGUGAGUCCAUGAAUGUUAAGUGACAGUGUGACGUAGAUCUGUCAGGGUUUUCUAAUCCUAGAGUUUCACCGUCUGUUUUCUAUCAGAAGCUAAUGCAGGAGAUAGGUGUAGGAGACUAUUUUCAUGUUCAGCCUGCACGAAACACUCAGAGUGAGCCGUUAGAAUCAGAAAUAAUAAUUAAAAAUGUUUUUUCAGUGAACAAUACUUUCAAGAAGAAACUUUAAGAGGCCUUUUAAAAACUUCAUGUAUUCUUAUACGUAAUGUUUACAAUUUCUGAUUAGCUUUAGCUUAGCACACUGCAGAAUCAACCAACUCCUCAGACGUGUCAGUGUUCGUCUCUUUAACCUAACAACCAAAGGUUGUACCAGAUUUAUUUUGGGUUUACUUUUCCUGUGAGCCCUGCUGGUGUCGUCCGGUGGGUCUCCGCAUCUCCCUCACACCGUGGUAGCACUCACUAGAUGUCCGCACGAAGCUUCUCACUAAAAAGAGAUUGGGGGUUUUGUGUCUUUUUCUCUGUGAGCGUGGAGUUUUCGUUGGUUUUAGGCCUGUGCUCGUCUGUGCUAGUCUGAUACUACCUGCAGAUAUGUUCUAGUGCUUGUUAUGACCUGCUCCCAGCUGCAUGCAGCUGUUGUUCACCGGCCAGCUGCUUAACAACGUAGGCAGCUUUGUGAAAAUCACGUUUGUUAUUGCAGGCUUCUCUUGUGAUUUCAUUGUUUUUUUGUUCAAAGUGCAAAAGUAACUUUUUUUGUCUGUGGUGUUUGCCUGAAAACAUCUAAAUCAUAAUUUAAACAAAAUUCAAAGAUCUUUUCUUUAGUAAAGGCAUUUUAAUUUUUUGUUUCUCCUGAAAGUUUCACCUCCAGCUGAGCGGUGAAGAUCAACGUUGAUGAGAAUAUUUGUAGCUUUUUGCACAAAUUCAUGAAGGACCUCAAGUACAAUCAGUGUUUCGCUCAUCCUUUUGCGGUUUUAUCGGGUUUUUGCUCCUGUUUUUGACUAUUUGCCAACAGCAGCUAGAGCGUAUUUGCUCAGCGUUAUGAUUUGUGGGUUUGCCUGUGCAGAACUAAUACAACGUUCAUGUAUUCACCACUGAGGCCUCCACAUGCGUUUUACCCUCCAGCUCCUUAUGAAUGUGUUAAAUGGUUUACCUCCAUGAGGAGCGAAGUAUUUUCCAUCCCAAACAUGCGUUUCAAAGAGUAAACAUUAAGCCGUCUGUGUUACUGUGCUCCCAUCUAACAUCUGGACAUGUAUGAAUGUAUGAAUUUAUGAAUGUGGUGUACACUAAUAUGUAAAAAUGAUCUCUAAUUCCAUCUGGGAUGAAAAGAGUGGGACAGGAAGCAUUGUAAAUAUGUAAAUCAGAAUAUAGACUGAAAGUGGCGGGAGCGUUUGAGCUCUCCGCUGCUUCCGGUGGAUUAUUUUACCUGAAGGAUUCGUGGAAAAGCACAGAAAGUUGAAUGCAUUUGAAAUUCACGCUGCCAUUUGUGUGGAUCAUAACGUUAGAUUCAAAAGUUGUGCCUCGUUUACCUUUUUUUUUUUUUUUUUUUUUUUUUUUUUUGGGAGGAUCGCUGAGAUCUCCUCUGACAUUAUUUACUGUAACCACGGUUUUCCCGUUAGUCUCGGAUUAGGGACAUUUACUAAAAUAAGACGUGUCUGUUACUGUACCUAGGAGUGUGACACCGUGCAUCUACAUAAUAAGAAUGGGCUGGUUUUAACAAGACAAACAAGCUGCAACAGUUUUGGUUUGUUUGCUUCUUUUUGCAGUGAUGUUAAAUUGACAAUAUUAAAAUACAGAUAAUAAACACUGCUGUGACUUUGGUAUUAUGCAAUAUUUAAUAAACAAUUUAAACAAUA